GGGAGUGGGUCAAGGGUCACGUUAAACUUCGCCGUCUGUGAAGCCGGACGGUAUCAGGAGCCUUUUCGCCAUGGCCGUGCCUCUGUCGUUUGCUGGAAAAGUCGUUCUUGUGACGGGAGCUGGUGGAGGACUUGGGAGAGAAUAUGCAUUGGCUUUUGGUGAAAGAGGAGCCUCUGUUGUUGUGAAUGACCUUGGUGGAGACAUUAAAGGAGGUGGAAAGAGCUCAUCAGCUGCUGAUAAAGUUGUAGAGGAGAUUAAAGCUAAAGGUGGCAAAGCUGUGGCAAAUUAUGAUUCUGUAGAAGAUGGUGAAAAGCUAAUCAAAGCAGCCUUAGAUGCAUUUGGACGAAUAGAUAUUUUGGUAAACAAUGCUGGGAUCCUGCGUGAUCGAUCUUUUGCUAGAACAAGUGACCUGGACUGGGACCUCAUUCACCGAGUGCAUUUAAGGGGCUCUUUCAUUGUUACCCGGGCAGCAUGGAAUCAUAUGAAGAAGCAACAGUUUGGGAGAAUCAUCAUGACCUCAUCAGCUGCUGGGAUUUAUGGGAACUUUGGCCAGGCAAACUACAGUGCUGCCAAGCUCGGCCUCCUGGGCCUGGCCAACACUUUGGCCAUUGAAGGCCAGAAGUACAACAUCCACUGCAAUACCAUUGCUCCCACGGCAGGCUCACGGCUCACGCAGACCGUCAUGCCCCCAGAUCUCUUGAAGUCUUUGAAAGCAGAGUAUGUUGCUCCGCUUGUUCUCUGGCUGUGCCACGAGCAGUGUCAGGAGAAUGGAGGUCUUUUUGAGGUUGGAGCUGGCUGGAUUGGCAAAUUGCGGUGGGAGAGGACCUUGGGUAGUAUUGUCCGGCAUAAGGACCAGCACAUGACCCCAGAAGAGGUACGGGACAAGUGGGACCAAAUCUGUGACUUUACCAGUGCCACUAAGCCAGCUACUAUUCAAGAGUCGUUGCACACACUGGUGGAGGUGCUGUCAAAAGUGGAGGCUGGAGAAGGGCUGAGAGCCAAUCCAGCCCAUGCCUUGGCCUCAUCAACAUCUGGCAUCAACCCCUCAGAUGCCAUAGGGAAGAUGCUCGGAGAGAUGACCUUUAGCUACACCCACAUGCACUGUGUCCUCUAUGCUCUGGGAGUGGGCUUGUCCACCAGGGAACCCGAUCACCUCAAGUUCCUCUACGAAGGCCAUGAGGACUUCAGUUGUCUCCCUACCUUUGGGGUCAUCCCAGCCCAGGCCUCCAUGCUGGAGGGAGGUCUCGGCUCUCUUCCUGGUCUCAAUUUUGACCCCACCAAGCUUCUGCAUGGAGAGCAGUACUUAGAGCUGUACAAACCUCUGCCUACCUCAGGUACACUGACAUCUAAGGCAUCAGUAGCAGACAUUCUUGACAAAGGGUCUGGCGCACUCAUACUCUUGGAUAUUCACACAUACAGCAACCAUGAGCUGGUGUGCUACAAUCAGUUCUCCUUGUUCAUUGUUGGUGCUGGAGGUUUUGGGGGAAAGAGGUCCUCAGAACGAGCUGUGGCCACAGUUCCCCCUCCAAACAGGGCACCUGAUGCAGUGGUGACAGAUGAAACCACCAGAGACCAGGCUGCUCUGUACAGGCUGAGUGGUGACUGGAACCCUCUUCACAUAGAUCCAAACUUUGCAGCAUUAGGAGGUUUCAAAUCUCCCAUUCUGCAUGGGCUGUGCUCUUUUGGGUUCGCUGCUCGCCAUGUCUUGAGGCAGUAUGCUGACAAUGAUGUUUCUAGAUUCAAAUCCAUCAAGGUGCGAUUUGUAAAGCCAGUGCUACCAGGACAGGCUAUACAGACAUUGAUGUGGAAAGAGGGCAACAGAAUUCACUUUGAGUGCAAAGUCAAGGAGACAGGAGCUGUCGUGUUGGCUGGAGCAUAUAUAGACUUACAUACAGCCUCAGGUGCUCCAACUGCUUCAGCAAAGACAGAGGGACUUCAGAGUGAUUUGGUGUUUGCUGAGAUUGGCCGCCGAAUUAAAGACCUUGGUGGUGAACUUGUGAAGAAAGUUAAUGCAAUUUUUGGAUGGGAAAUUACCAAAGGAGGAAAGACUGCUGCACAAUGGACCAUUGAUCUGAAGACAGGAAACGGUGCCCUCCAUAAAGGUCUAUACAAUGGCAAAACUGAUGUGACUUUUACCGUAUCUGAUGAGGACUUCAUGGAUGUGGUGGUGGGGAAGCUCAACCCUCAGAAGGCAUUUUUUGCUGGCAAACUGAAAGUCAGAGGAAAUAUCAUGUUGAGCCAGAAGCUGGAGACAAUACUGAAGGAUUAUGCCAAGCUGUAGGCUUCCAAGCCACCCAGCACCAGAGAGCCAUGCAGCUGCAAACAGAACGGCACUUUACUGAGUGUGUACCAGUGAGCAUGAUAUUGCUAGUCUUUGUGUCCAGUGACAUUUAAGAUCUAAUGAGUGUGAUGUUUUCCACAAGGUAUGCUUGUAAGAGAAUUCAAACACUACUAAUAAAAAAUUAGUGAGGAAAAAUCUACUAAUUAAUUACAUUUGUCCUUUGAAUCACUUAGCACUAUUGUUUAGUACCUUUGCACAUUUUGUGUAUUCCCCUUCCAAAUCAAAGUUAUACUCUGUAGGUUUGAGGUCUUGGUUUACAUAUGACAGUUUGUCAACCUUAGCGUUUCAGUUGCCUAAGAUGGUACGAACCUUUACUCAAAGUUGUUCUAAUCACAUCAUUGUGUCUUUAGUCAUUUAAAGUAUGAAGUCAAUUCAAAUGCAUCUUUUUACUUUUAUUUUAACAUAAGCCCAAUGUUGAUUUCUCAGUUUCAAAAUUAAACCUUGUAUAAUUAAUAUAGACUUUUAUUAAUUUACAAAGUUUAUGAAGUUGUAACAUCUAGUAAUGAGACUGGUUGUGAUCUGCUUAAUAUGUACUUCUAAUUUGUAAUAAAGUUCACUUUUGAGUAACAAAA